AUGCGUGAGACCCAGAUAGAUGCAUAUCUCAGCAGGAGCCAGUGUGGUCAGGCACUGGCCAACAACAAGAUAACUGUCCUGCAGAGAUUUAAAUCACUCAACAGAGUUGGCAGGCUUGCUCUUGCUUCAGCAAACCCGCUCACAAAUCUCCCCUUUGACUUGAGGCGGCUUAGGGUCAAGUGGCUGCUGCAAGUGACCCUCCCUGUGGUCUCGAGUUGGGGGCGCGGCAGCCUAAGGCUCUGCCAGCUGCGAGUGUGGGUCGGUGAGGCUGUCGUGCGCGGGACGUGUCGGAUUUACCAGACCCGGCCAUAUGGUUCGGGCGGGUGCGAUCGCUGGCCCGGGUGGAAGUCCGAGGUUACUCCGCCUGCCCUCGAGCGCCGAACGCUGAAGGCGUGGACGCUGCUCGUAAGCCCAUUCGGCCGGCUGAGGGCGCGGCUUCCGUGCGACCUGACCGUGAGACCCCUCGACCCUCUCACGUACCCGGAUGCUGACCGCGUGCUGGUGGUGGUGAGCGGCGUGGAGGGCAGGGCGCAGGGGCUGGACGGUCUGCAGGUGAGGUACGAUGAGGCGCGGAAGGAGGUGACCAUCGUAUCUGAGACCAUCGACCCCCAAGUCUCCGUGGAGGUGGAUGCGCCCCUGAAGUUCGAUUUGAAUGUCAAGUCAUCAGGGUCUGGUCAUGUCCAAGUCCAGAAAAUUGAGUGUGAUAAUUGCGAAAUUGAAACAGAGCAGGGAACCAGCAUCUUACAGUCUGUUAAGGGCAAGAUAGUAAAUAUUUUAGACUUUGUAGCAGGCAAUAUCACAUUACAAAGCAAGACAGGUAACAUCACAAUAGAUUCGUCCUCUGGAUGUCUAAAAGCAUCAACUCAUCAGGGUGCCAUAGAUGUUUAUGUCAGCCAACUGGGAGAAGUGGACUUAAAGUCCCAUAAAGGUUCUGUUAUUAUCAAGGUGCCACCUUCUCUUCAGACUCAUUUACAAUUAUCAGGGAAAGAGGUUGAUGUGAAUUCAGAGGUCCAUGUUCAGGAAAUGGCUGAAGCCCACAAGGAUGAUAGACUAACAGUUACUGGGAUCAUGAAUGAAGCAAGCAAACAUGAAAAAUGGAUUAAGGCUGAUGCCCCAAAAGGCACUGUAUGUUUUAGAAGUCAGAGCUGGUUUCAGUCCCUGAAGCUACAGGACUAA